CUUUUCUUUCCUAUUUACAAUCUUUAUUAUGGCUCAAAAAACUUUUGAAAAAGGUGUCUCCGCUCCUCAAUCUGAACUUGAUGGUUCUGGUCUUCGUAUUGCGGUUAUUCGUACUCGAUGGAAUCAUACUUUGGUCGAUAACUUGUAUAACUGUGUAUAUGAAACUUUGACUAAGAAAUAUGGUGUUUUGCCUGAAAACAUUGUGUCUGAUACAGUAUCUGGUUCAUAUGAAUUACCCAUGGCUGCUAAACAACUGAUUGAUCUUUCGAAAAUGCAAGCUUCGGCCACAGCUAACGAUUUACUUGGUUCACCUGCUCCACAACAACAAACCGGUUCGGCAAAGAAGACAGGACCUUUUGACGCGGUGAUUUGUAUUGGGAUUGUGAUCAAGGGUGGUACUGCUCAUUUUGAAUAUAUCUGUGAUGCUGUGACUCAUGGGAUUAUGCGUGUGCAAUUGGAUACUGGGGUACCUGUCAUGUUUGGUGUUUUGACUUGUUACAAUGAUGAACAAGCCAUCGCUCGCUCUAGUACUGAAGAAGGUUUCCAUCAUGCUGAAGAAUGGGCCGCUGGUGCUGUUGAACAAGCUUUACGAAAGCAUCGUGUCCUUUAAAAUUAGAUUUUUUUUUUGUAGUUUAGUUUAGCUUAUGAAAUCAAAUAGUAAUAAUUAAAAAAAGUGCGUGUAUCAAAAUAAAGUGAUGAUUUGCCUAUCCUCUUUGUUCCUG